AGGUGAGCUGUGCUGAUGUCAGAUGAACUGAAUCUCUUUGACUCACCAAACAGCACUUGGAAAUUUGGAUACCCGCAAAACACCUUCGAGUUCACUGAAUCUCCACAGGAUUUUGUUCCCGAGCGAACAGGUCAAUGGCAUGAUGCUGAGGCCUUCAGUCAGCUGAAUUCCUGUACUGCGGUCCUACAGGAAGUUAUCACAAAGCACAAUGUGAUACUUACUGAUUUUCUGAGCAAUCCUGAUGGUUCACUCGCUUCUGAGUUAAAAGCUUCGAUGCAAAAGUUACUUAACCAGCGUGAUCACCUUACCCAGGUUACCUCAGCCGCGAUGAAUGAGAUUGACAUGCUGCGCAACGAUAACGUGUUGCGAACCCGAGAGUUUGUUAGUUUGCAAGCUACACUGCUUGAAGCUGAACAUCAAUUGGAACAGGCCAGUGAACAGGAGCGUCAGUUGACAUCCCUAAGACAAGCAUAUCUCUCAUUAGAAAAGCGUUUGGAGCACGCAGUCAGAACAGUUCCAUCUGAGAAUCGUCCAUAUUGGGAUUGUAAUGGAUUCUCUUCUGUGGAUAGAACCGAAUUCCCAGGAUCACCAGUGCAUCCAGAAGAGUCGAUCUACGCGGGACAGAGGAACAAGAGCAUUGUACUACAGGGAGACAGUCCCAAACAAAUCGCACCAGUCAAGCACUUACUUGUUCAGCUUGAAGCCACGCAACAGAAGCUAGAUGCUCAAAUCGAACAAUCAAAUGAACUCGAGGCGCUGCUGGCAGAUCGCGAAUCCCGUGUUGUUACCCAAGGCCACGAACUGAAUGAAGCAGAAUCCCAGUUGAGCGCAUCUGCCCAUUUAAUCAACCAACUGCACGAACGUUUGUCAGCCAACCAUCACUAUCUGAACCAGUUGUUACAACAGUUUAAUCCGACGUCUUCUCCGAAUAAUGCGGAGCAACUUCCAGCUGUACCUGCAGUGCUUGAGUUAGCUAGCAACUUAGAUGCAGUAUACGCGGAACUACAAGACUCUGAGCGUCUUAGGUUGAUUGCGGAACGUCGGGCAUCUAGCGCCACAACAACCGCUCGUCAGUUGCGCACACGUCUUCGCCACAUCGUUAACGAGUUAGAAAGUGAUUCGUUGGAUAGUGUGCACGCCGCAGUUUCUCGUUCAGUUUGUGCAGCAUCCACACAAACCCUUCCUACUCUAGGGGUCGCUCGAGCAGUACAAACGGUGCCCUCUAACGGAGCCGAUUUCAAUAAAUUGAGGGCGGAGACAGACUCCAACACGAAUGCGUCACUGGAAACGAUCCUAACAUACGCAUUUUCGCGACCAUCCGAGGUGAUGGCUACCCUAACGACAAAAGAACAGACAACUCCGGAACAGGUCAUCCAACUCAAAGAGGCCCUAAGAAAUGCAAUUAUCCAAGUGGAGCGUCUGAACAAAUACCGUUUGGCACAAAAAAGCAAACUUGAACAGAUGCAGCAGAGAUUCAUUCAGUUGAAUUCCGAACUCGAUGCUACUGUGGACGCUCUCCGAUAUCAUCAGACGAGUUCCGAGGAUGAGCGACGUCGCACAGCCUCAGAGUUAUCUGGACUGCGGAUGCAGCUGGCCAAAGCCAAUGCUUUACUAACUCAGCAGAGAGCCCGCAAUGCCAAAAUGACGUCAAGUCCUUUCAGCAUGACUGACUCUGUGCAGGCUAGCAGAGCCUCAAGCAUGAGCCCCGUCGCAAACCGUGCAUUUGUUCCAGGAAAAGAAGUUAUGUCAUCAUCGGAAGAUAUCGAACUUCAGUUGACAAUGGCCCAAAGUGAGCUGUCACAACUUCGUGCUGAUAUGACACGACAAAAAACGGACAGUGACCGUGAAGCCACAAAACUGCGGGGCCAGUUGGCCGAGGCAGCCGCGGAUAUACGCACUCUACGUCUGCAAUUAACGCGCAUCCAAACUGCUGCUAGCGUUGCUCACAGGAACGCUGGAAACGACCAGGCUGCAAUCAUGGAAGUUGCAUGCUCAAAUUGCCAGCGAUUACAAAGACUCCUGGAUAUCAUUCAGAGGAAAGCCAACGACAACUCAGCAAUGAGUAACUCUGUGGAACAAUCACUACACUCAGCAAAACUGACCGGAAAGUCCAGCGAAUCUAACGCAGUAAUCCCUAUAGGAAGUCUUGAUUAUGAGCAACAUCCCAACGAGGGACAGCAACAACGGGAUGUGUUGAUGACACAGAAAGAGAAUGUUCACUCCAGCUUUGAAUCCAUCUCUUUCGAGCUACAUAACACACGCCAUCAGCUCGUUCAAACUGAGAAGCAAAUCGAGGAGUUGUGUACACGUCACCAUGAGGAGGUGAUUCACCUCCAAGAGGAAAAGUUACGCAUAGUCCAGGAGAGGGAGUUUCUUCAGGAAGAACGUCGUCGUCUUCUGGAACAUGAGGAGGACGUUUUCCGGAAAGAAAGGGAAAUGGAGGCGUUGAUUCUGAUAGCCUCGAGGAACAAACACUUGUUUAAAGACUCACUGCAGGCACAGCUAAUUGAGGCUGGGACUACUGCUCACUCAGCCAAUCAGCACUUUCCUGAUUCACCUGAACCUGAGAACACAAAUAACAGUCUUGUCGGUGACCCGCGCAACAUUUGCUCGAUUGUGACACACAGUAAGGCUGUUCAGACAGAUGUGUAUGAACGACUCUCAGAUUCGAAUAACAUUACUGGAUUGGGAUCAUUCCAACUUAUCGGGGAAUCCUUUGAGGAAUUAGAAUUUAAUGCGAUUUCCGGUGCUCAGAAUCUCAUUAGUGAGCGGUUGCGUUCGCGGUACAAUUCUUUGCAAGAUAUGGCUGAAGAACUACUCGUUUUGCGAUCUCGACUUUACGACGAGCAACAAGCUUUGGAGAAGGCGAAGUUGGAGUUUCGUAAAAUGCAAGAGGUACAAUCGACUAUACAGGAAAGGACUGCUAAUUUCACAGCAUCAGAAAGCUCUACGCAUAUGGACAAAAGUGUUCCUGCUCAAUCUGAUACCCCCGAGAUCCCGUACGAUGUCUUGAUGCAUCGACUACAAGCUGCGGAGCGAGAGGCUGAGGAUGCUGUUGCUCAACUGAGGGCCAGCAACUCGGAGUUUCUAACUCUACGAGAACGUGUUUCCUAUGCUUCCGUCGAGCGAGCCCACCUCAAAUCAACGAUCGAGGGCCUCGAUGAGCAGGUCUCCAGACUCGAAUCCUGUUUAUACGAGCGCACACAACAGUUAAAUCAGUGCCGGGAUGAAUUGAAUAAAGCCGCGGGGCGAUAUGUCAUUCCUCUCGACACAGCACUCGGUGGUGUACAUGUAAGCAAGACACUAAAGUACACGACUUUCAGUCGCGUCACAACCAGACUCAAAUGCUUCCGGCAGAAUCAAAUCGUCCCUUUGUACAAUGCUUCCCUCCAUGGCGAAUGGUCGUUUGCUAUGCAGUCGACUGGCCAAGACAGGACCUCGUUUCAUCCUUCACUCUCCUCCCAGGCCGUCUAUCUUCAUUUGCAUGUUUGUCUACCUUGUGCUAGUUCACCUUCUUUUGUUCUACUGGAUACUGUGAUUAGUGCCGCUGUCUCACCGGGCCUUGUUGGUCACAGUCGGUCGCCUGAUGAUCAUGACCACUGAUGUUGAUUUCCGUGUUUGGCGACGUCCAUCUACCAUGAAAUGUCUUUCCAAGAUUAUCUGUUUGCGCCACUCUUUUUUUCAACGCAUUCUGUCAAUAUGGGCUCGUGUGGUGCUAAAUACACGCCGUGAUGAAUCAAUU